GUUCUCAAAAUGAAAGUUGUGUUUUAUCUGCAAAAUAUGAAGGUGUGGAUUGCAGUGUUGGCUAUAAUCUGUGCCUGUCGGUUAUCUAUUGUCGACCAACGGCGCCGCAGCGGCAUCACUAGGAUAGAAAACGAGAGCACCAUCUUCACGGAUCACAGUCAAUUAAGCAUGUUGGGUACUGUCGUAAACAUAAUCAAGGUGAAAUUCAACACCAAGGGUGCCACCAGGAACUCCUAUUUGAUGUUUAUGAAGGAUCUGUUUAAUGCGUUGACAGACCGCGCAGAUAGAUCCGGAGAUAUACCGGUGUUGCCAGAUCCAUUGCAGCCUAAUGAUCCUCGACAGUAUGUUCUGGUGGAACUAUCGAAUGGAGACCAAACCGUCACAUUAGCUUUGAAUGUCAGCGACGUGUAUAUCUUGGGUUUUCAAGCGGGUGGAAGUAAUCGUUCCUACUUUUUCAGCAGCGUUCCCGAUGACGUACGUAACGCUUUGUUCCCGGGCACUGAAAGAGAAUCCCUUCCGUUUACUGAGCGUUACGGGUCACUUGAAGCUGCUGCAGGAGUCGGUGACAGAAGGGAAAUACCUCUGGGAAUCGACGAAUUAAGCCAACACAUUCAGAACAUGAAUAUCUACCAACCUACGCAUGAUAAUCGUGGAAUCUUUGAAAGAGCCCUCUUAGUUUCCAUCCAAAUGGUUUCGGAAGCUGUGCGAUUGAGAAACCUCCAGCAACAGAUACGUACGGUUUGCGACCCUUUCGAGGAUGGAACUUACGGAAGGUACUAUCCAGAUGGUUUAAUGACGGAGUACGAAAACGUGUGGAGCCGCAUCUCCACCGCCAUCCAAAGUGCAACAAACGGAAUCUUCCCAACACCAGUUCAUUUAGUGUAUGAUGGAAUCCAAGUGCUUUUGAGAACCUUGAGAGAAGUUCUUUUCACGAUUGCACUAAUGCCAUACAAAUGCAAGAGAAGAAAUAAUAGUCCACAGCUUUUGGCUUCCGGCUUGGGAGACGACGAUGAGACUUGUGAAACAGUGGUAGCACCAACAUCGUACAUCACCGGACGAAAUGGUAUGUGUGUUGAUGUAUACCAGGGAAGAUACGACGAUGGAAACAGCAUAAUCCUAUGGGAAUGUGGACAGAACAAGGCCAAUCAAUUGUGGGCAUUGAGGUCAGAGGAUAACACGAUUCGAUCAGGCGGCAAAUGCUUGACCACUUACGGAUACAGCUCGGAGAGCUACGUGAUGAUCUAUGACUGUGACAAGGCCGUCUCUGAUGCCACCAAAUGGAAAUUCCUAAGUGAUGGAAGCGUAUUGAAUCCCAAAUCCGGGCUUGUUUUGACAGCAAGGAAAGAUAGUUCGGGCAUGUUUAGUCUCGUUGUCGAUACCGAUAGGUGUAGUUCUAAUCAAGCUUGGUAUGCCAGCAAUAACACGGAGCCAUUACUGACCACCAUUGUUGGUUAUAAAAGUUUGUGCUUGCUAGCAAGCGGAAGUCAAGUGUGGCUCGAGAUGUGUGCGUCAAGAUAUCGAACAACAGUGGGCAAUAUAUCCAGAUGACACGAUCAGGCCACUGAAGAACCGAGAUGGGUGUCUAUAAGUCGGAGAUGCGGGUGGGAGCUUGGUCACCGUGGGAACGUGCGAUUGAUAUGUCGAGGAGCGGUGGCGAUUUCAGAGCGAUGGCACAAUUUUGCAUCUAGUGACUCAAAAUGUGAUGGACGUGAAAGAUACCAGUGCAACCCUUCCUCAGAUUACUGUCAAUUACUACAGCGCCCAACGCUCUAGUCAGAUUUGGUUCCAAGGGCAGCCAUGAAAGUGGGAGCAUAUGCACCCAGAAUACAAAGAUAUUUAUAUG